CGUUCAAUCGUCUCCCGUUUGAACAGAGCUGCAGAAGUGAUUGUGACGCGCCGGUUUAUUUUAAGCUCCGUGCUUUAUUUGACAUAUACAUAAGAUUCAAUAUUACAACCGCUGUUUGUUCCUCAUCUCCGUGACGUGUCGCGCCGUGCUCGCCGCCGCGUCUGACUGCUGCUAGUGAGCGCGUUGCGCGGGUGUGUGACAGUGAGUGCGCGCGCGUCGUGGCCGGGGCUCUUGAGCAGCACGCGACUGUGUCCCGUUUAACGGCUGUCAUGUCCAAAUUGGAGCAGAUUCUGAUCCUCGACCCGUCGAGCGACCUCCGCUUUAAAGGACCUUUCACAGAUGUGGUAACCACCAACCUGAAGUUGAAGAACCCGUCUGAUAAAAGAGUAUGUUUCAAAGUGAAGACCACAGCUCCACGCCGCUACUGUGUGCGGCCCAACAGCGGCGUGAUCGAUCCCGGCUCGACGGUCACCAUCUCGGUGAUGCUUCAGCCGUUUGACUACGACCCAAAUGAGAAGAGCAAACACAAGUUUAUGGUCCAGACAAUUUUUGCACCAUCCGGCGUAUCGGACCUGGAAGCUUUGUGGAAAGAUGCCAAACCAGAUGACCUGAUGGACUCCAAACUGCGCUGUGUGUUUGACAUGCCCUCAGAGAACGACAGGAUGAGCGAGCAGGAAUCCAGCAAAAGCGCAGCCGUGCUGAACGCCUCUAAAGCAGACGGCACGUCAGGAGCCAAACCCAGCAGCCUGUCUAUGGACGACACCGAGAUGAGGAAACUCCUGGAGGAGUCCAAGAGACUGCAGACAGAAGUGGGAAAACUGUUGGAGGAAAACCGCCAGCUCAAGGAUGAAGGUCUGAGGAUGAGGAGGGCCAAUCAGUUUGACAGCUCCGCUUCAAAGUCUUCAGCGAUGAUGAGCAAAGACCCCGCCUCCAAAUCCCUGCCGUCACUGCUGGUCGUCAUCGCCGCCAUAUUCAUCGGCUUCUUCCUGGGGAAGUUUGUGUUGUAGGGAGGGCAUCGGCGUCCACGUUUGCCGGGCCUGGCGAGCAUCGCGUGCGUUCUUGUCGAUAACCGUUGCGUCAGUGCCGACGUGCCCCAAAGCGACGGUAAUACAUGUGUCUGUGUACAAGAUCAUUCAAACGGGCCUUGCCUCUCUCACACGGUUAGUACACAAACAAACACACACACAAACACAAACAUACACAAACAAACAAACAAACAUACACUCAGAAACAAGAGGAUCGUUCGGUUCUCCUCUUAUUACGCUUUCUGUGGUUCCGGGUGGGUUUUUCUGGGGUCGGGGAUGAAGAAACUGUCCAUUUGUCAAAGCCCCAUUAGCAGCCCAGUACAGGGCACCGUGUCUAGAGACCUUCAUGGCAAUCUAUGAAUAAAUAAAAGGAUGUGUUUUCUUCCUCUCUGUGGUUUUAUUAAGAGUUUAAUGGAAUGUUUUAAGUGUCAUGUACAUGUUAUUUUGAUUCUUUUGACAAAAAAAAAAUGGGAAAUGCAGAUUCAUAAUAAAAAUAAAUUAAUUAAUCGUCUUUGCUGCUCGUUGCUGGAUGAUGACGAAUUCAGACACUGAAUUUCACAUUGAUUUCCUGAAUGUGAUGAAGUCCGCUGGAAAAAUGUGCCUGGUGUGUCCAUGUUUUUUCCUCACCAUCUCCAAUGACACCAAUGCCGAUUUCAAUCAUUACAUUGAGUUUUUCUUUAUGCAAAUCAUAUAUUACUCAAUUGUGAGGCAACUUGACUGAAUAAAGAUCAGCUUUACAGUCCUGUGGUAUUUAACAUUGCUUAAAUAAAACCUCUUUAACACUCA